CUCGUGCCUGCCUAUACGUCAGCAUCACGGCUCGCACCAGCAUUAAGGUGCGGUUGAGCUGGGUUGCCUUCAGACGUAUUGUAGGCGGGCUGCAACACAUGCUGCCACUUUGUACUACUGUCUCAUCCCCUCGGAAUUACAACCUACAAUUAUCCACUGCAGUUACUUACUGGCCAGGUAAGUGUAUAAGGAGACAGCAGGUUGCCUGACCAGUUCUUUCAGGUUUUGGGAGAUUGCUAGCAAGAUAAUAAAUACAUCAGUUUGGAAUAAAGCCGGGAUCCACGUUGUGUGAGCCUAGCUGAUGCAACACAGAAAAGGUGCGGUGAAGUAAAUAUAAUGAACAAAUAAAGAAGCUGGCAUUUGAUUUUGACCUAACUUCAGAGAUAUCAUUUUUGAUUUUGUGUGUUUUUUUUCUGGAUUUGUGUUCAAGAAUCUGACCUGUUCCAGAGCAGACAGACCUAGACUUCCUAAAGUGAACAUUAUUGGACAAUUGAGAACUUGUAUUAACUUCAAAUGCCUAAGAACAGCAAGGCAAUAAAACGGGAGCUUGAUGAUGAGGUCACUGAAUCGGUUAAGGAUCUUCUUUCAAAUGAGGAUACAGGGGAUGAUUCCUUCAAGAAAAGCUCACUAACAGUUAACGAGGAUUCUCAAGUAGAAAAAGACAAGGACAUUGAAGAGGGAUCUGAUAUUGAAGAAGAACGACCUGCUUGGAAUAGCAAAGCUCAAUACAUCCUAGCACAAGUUGGGUUUUCUGUUGGGUUGGGAAAUGUUUGGAGAUUUCCAUACUUGUGUCAGAAAAAUGGAGGAGGUGCAUAUUUGGUGCCAUAUUUGGUCUUGCUGUUGAUAAUUGGCAUCCCACUGUUUUUUCUGGAGCUUUCAGUUGGACAGAGGAUCCGAAGAGGAAGCAUUGGAGUAUGGAAUUACAUCAGUCCAAAACUAGGAGGCAUUGGCUUUGCAAGUUGUAUUGUCUGCUUCUUUGUUGCCUUGUACUACAAUGUUAUCAUUAGCUGGAGCCUUUUCUACUUCUCUCAGUCCUUUCAACAUCCACUGCCAUGGGAUCAAUGCCCGCUGGUAAAGAAUGGCACCAGUACUUAUCUACAGCCUGAAUGCGAUAAAAGCUCACCUACCACCUACUACUGGUACAGAAAGGCUCUAAACAUUUCUGAUUCCAUUUCAGAAGGUGGUGGUCUGAACUGGAGAAUGGCUCUUUGUUUACUUUCUGCGUGGUUUAUGGUCUGUCUUGCCAUGAUAAAAGGCAUUCAGUCUUCAGGAAAAGUUACCUUCUUUAGCUCUCCAUUUCCUUUUGUAGUGCUUGUUUGCUUUUUGGUGAGAAAUGACCUUCUCAACCAGUGUAUUUCAGGCCUCAGACACAUGCAUACCCCCCAACUUGAAAUCAUGCUUGAACCCAAAGUUUGGAGAGAAGCAGCUACACAGGUCUUUUUUGCCCUUGGUCUUGGUUUUGGUGGAGUAAUUGCUUUCUCAAGCUACAACAAACGGGACAACAACUGCCAUUUUGAUGCAGUGUUGGUGUCUUUCAUCAACUUCUUCACAUCUGUGCUUGCAACCCUGGUAGUGUUUGCUGUCUUGGGUUUCAAAGCAAACAUACUGAAUGAAAAGUGUGUUGCAGUGAACUCAGAGAAGAUUUUGGGGAUGUUGAAUACAGGCAUCCUCAGCCAUGAUCUCGUUCCACAUCAUAUUCAUUUUCCAAGUAUCACAGCUGCUGAUUACCAUCAGAUGUAUGUCAUCAUAAAGGGAGUUAAGGAAGAGGACUUCACUGCUCUAAACCUAGAACCUUGUCAAAUAGAAGAUGAACUAAACAAGGCAGAACAAGGAACUGGGUUGGCUUUUAUUGCAUUUACUGAGGCAAUGACUCACUUUCCAGCAUCUCCUUUCUGGUCUGUCAUGUUUUUUCUAAUGCUGGUGAACCUUGGAUUGGGCAGCAUGUUUGGAACUAUAGAAGGAAUCAUCACACCUCUUGUCGAUACAUUCAAAAUACGCAAAGAGCUCCUGACUGUUGGAUGCUGUGUUACAGCUUUUGGCAUUGGCCUAAUCUUUGUACAGCGUUCAGGAAAUUAUUUUGUGACGAUGUUUGAUGACUAUUCUGCGACCUUGCCACUUUUGAUUAUUGUUGUUUUGGAGAACAUUGCUGUUGCGUGGAUUUAUGGGACAGAUAGAUUCAUGGAUGAUCUUAAAGAUAUGCUUGGCUUUACUCCAUACAAAUAUUACUACUUCAUGUGGAAGUUUAUUUCUCCAUUGGUUUUAACUGCUUUGCUUCUAGCCAGUGCUGUUCAGAUGGGGUUAAAUUCACCAGGAUAUAAUGCUUGGAAUGAAGAGCUGGCAAUUGAGAUGCCGGUGCGAUAUCCAUUCUGGGGACUGGUGGUCUGUUUUACUUUGAUGAUCCUUGCACUUCUUCCUGUCCCAGUGGUCUUAAUUAUCCGUUUCUUCAAUCUCAUCGAAGACGAGGAUGGCAGUUUGUCAGCUGUAUCUUACAAGAGGGGGAGAAUGAUAAAAGAAGAGAACAUACUGGAAGGAGAUGACACUAGUCUAUUUCAUGGUAAAAUACCUAGUGAGCUUUCUUCCCCCAAUCCCGGGAAGAACAUCUACAGGAAACAGUCUGGGUCACCAAUCCUUGAUGUGGAUACUGCUCCUAAUGGCCGAUAUGGAAUAGGGUACUUGAUGGCUGAUAUACCAGAUUCACCAGAGUCUGUCUUGUAGCCACUGAAUGGAAAAAUUGAAUGGAAAAAAUCUUUUUUUUCUGUGUAAAUAUAUAAAUCUAUACAGAAUAUUUCUGCACUUAAUCCUUAGAGAAACAGCUGAUAUAUCUGUAUAUGAUGUAGAUAAUCGCUUCUAUUUUAUUAUUGCUUGUAUGUUAUUGAUUGUGUUGUAUAAGACUAAAAACUCCCCUUGCAAAGAUUAAGCACUCAGCAGUAGCAACUUUCUGCAACAGUAAGAUUAUGUAAAUAGGUACUUAUUUCUGAAGAUGAAAUUGAGUCCAUUCAGACUGGAUUCCUUAAGAUAUUUCUUAACGUUUAACUUAAAAUUGAAGUGUAUAUUUUGUGUAUAUGCAUUAGAUGAUGCAGUAAGCAUCAGGAACCAGGACAGUCUUUAUUGACUGAAUUAUUUCAAGAUCUGUUUUUGAAGUUGUGUUUCUCAUAUUUCCUAAAUCUCUGUUAUGGUGUCAUGUUUGCCAGUUAUAGGUUAUAGGGUCAUGGACUGCACAAUGACAUUCUCGUGUGUACAGAAAAUGUCUCUGAAGAUUUUUUUUUUUUAAUAUUGUUUUUGGCCGUCAUCAGCUAGUCUCCCCUGGUGUUCUACUGACUCAUUUGUUUCCCAGUCUCUGUCCUACUGGCACAACACUCCUUUUUUCCAUAAAGUGGCUCUCCCUUUUGCAGGAUAAAUCAGCCUUUUAUUGAGCUAUCUUAUUCCUGGGCUGACAUGAUAAAGGUGAGAUCCAAGCAUCUAGAUGUGCACCAUCUACAGCUAGUAUGGUAUUUUCUUUUGGUCCAACUCCUUUGGCUGAAUUACAUGUUCAGACAUUCAAACAUGCUUUCUUCAUGUGCAACCAUGUUUCAGGGACAUCUUACUGUGCAAUCUGCAUGCAUUUUCCACCCAAAAGAAUUGCAUAGUCAGAGCUACCCCUGAUCUUCACUAGAGACUGUUCCAGAAUCUGACACAUUGCACACGCACUCAAUUCACUCCACAACAAGUACAAGUAUGACUCUGUCACUGUCCAUGUGGGUGUGAAUGACCUGAGACGUACCUCCCUGG